UAUAUAGAAAGAGUCUCUUUGUUUGUUAAUUCUUCCUCCUCACUAAAAGCUAUACAAUCGUGAUCCUCUCUUGAAUAUACCAAUGGAUUCUAUUUUUCCCCUACCAAUGUUGCUGCUGCUGCAAUCAGCUUCUACGCGUACAAUAUUUUUUCAACCGAAAAUCUUCAAGAUGGAUAAGAAGAAGACAAAAGGAAGGGUUUUGAAGUUUCAUUAACCUCAGAAAAGCUAAAAGUGGAAGGGAUAAAGCUGGACGACCUCUUUUUUCUACGAAACUUCCUUUCUCGCUUUAUCUUUUUUAUCUCUUAGUCUCAGAAGUCAACAGUUUCUGUGUUAACAAAGCCUCCUCUUUGUCUAUUUAUCCCUUUCUGAUACAAUUAUUUCAACAGAAAAUCUUCCACAUCUCAUCAUCAAGAAAACAAUACAAUGGCUUCUUCUUCUUCUUUAACUCUUUUGGCACCAACGUCUUCUUCUUCUUCUUCGCCUCCCAAUUGUGAACGCCAUGUCUUCCCAAGCUUCCACGGGGCUGAUGUCCGCAAAUCCUUUCUGAGCCACGUUCUCAAGGAGCUCAGAAGCAAAGGAAUCGACCUAUUCCUUGACAAUGAUAUGGAGAGAAGUAAAUCGAUAGGUCCUGAGCUCGUAGAAGCUAUUAGAGGAUCGAGGAUUGCGAUUGUCUUGCUCUCUAAGAACUAUGCUUCGUCCACAUGGUGCUUGAACGAGCUGGCUGAGAUCAUCAAGUGCAGAGAACGGUUUGGUCAAACAGUGAUACCCCUUUUCUAUGAACUGGAUCCAACUCAUGUAAAGAAGCAGACCGGUGACUUUGGGAAGGUCUUGUUAAAAACUUGCAAAGGUAAAGCACAGGAAGACAUCCAGAGGUGGAAAUGUGCUCUGACGGAAGUGGCUCAAAUCACAGGUUACCAUUCAACAAACUGGAAGACUGAAGCAAAGAUGAUUGAAGAUAUUGCCACUGAAGUUUCGAACAAGUUGAACCUUUCUGCACCAUCCAGUGAUUUCGACUACUUAGUUGGGAUAGAAUCUCAGAUGACACGAAUGAGACCAUUUUUACAGCUAGACUCGGAUGAUGUGAGAAAAAUAGGGAUUUGGGGCCCGCCUGGGAUUGGUAAGACCACUGUUGCUAGAUCUUUAUUCAACCGGUACUCUCAAGAUUUUCAACUGAGUGUCUUUAUAGAUAAUAUCAAAACAAAGUAUGCCAUACCAGCUUCUUCCGAUGACUACAGUGUGAAGUUGUAUUUACAGAAGCAGCUUAUGUCUCAACUAACCAACGAGACAGGUAUCAGUAUUUCACAUUUGGGAGUCGUCAAAGAUAGGUUGAAAGAUAAGAAAGUUCUUGUGGUCCUUGAUGAUGUGGAUCAUUUAGUACAACUGGAAGCCAUGGCAAAAGAAACUUAUUGGUUUGGUCCUGGGAGUCGGAUUAUAGUAACAACACAAGAUCAAAGGGUUUUAAAAGCAAGUGGGAUCAACCAUAUACACAGGGUGAAAUUACCAUCAUAUGGUGAAGCUCUUCAAAUGUUCUGCAUGUAUGCUUUUGAUCAGAAAUACCCAAAGGAUGGUUUCGAGAAGCUUUGUUGUGAAGUUGUGAAUCUUGUAGGUAGACUUCCGUUGGGGAUAAAAGUUAUGGGCUCAUAUUUUCGGGGAAUGUCUGAGCAAGAUUCGACAGAGGCUCUACCAAGAUUAAAGGCACACCUUGACCGAGAUGGAGAAAUUGCAAACAUUUUAAAGUUUAGUUAUGAUGCCUUAAAUGAUGAAGAUAAAAGAUUAGUUCUCCAUAUAGCCUGCUUUUUCAACGGUGAACGAAAUGGUAUGGUGGAAAGUUGUCUAGAAAAAUCUUUUGAGGAUGUAAGACAAGGGCUUCGCGUCUUAUCUGAAAAAUCUCUCAUAUCUAUUGAAAAUAGAUGGAUAUAUAUGGAUAAGUUGCUAGUCCAACUUGGAAAACAAGUUGUGCGAAAAGAAUCUGUUAGUGAACCUGGAAAACGCCAGUUUUUGAUUGAUGCAAUCGAUAUUG